UGAAGGAAUCCGACCCAUAAUUCAGGGCUACCAGCUCUCUUUCUCUCUCUCGCUCUCUCUCUCUCGCUACUUGGUCAGAGACUCGGAGGUAACAGCACUCCGAUGGACGACAUGACGAGCUACUAUCCGCCACCGCAACCACCGCCGCAGCCUUCUGGUCUUGAACCUCCUCACUAUCCCUAUUACCAGGUGCCUCCUCCUCCUUCAGCACCCCCGUCUCAGCAUUACCUCUCUCAACACCCGUCCACCUUCGCUUCCUAUGCCUUACCUCUUUUACCUCACACAACCUCCAUCAAUGAGGUCCGUACCCUAUUCAUAGCUGGUCUUCCUGAAGAUGUCAAGCCCCGAGAAAUUUACAAUCUCUUCCGGGAGUUUCCGGGAUACGAGUCCUCUCAUCUUCGGACCCCCACGCAGACGACCCAGCCAUUUGCAUUUGCUGUAUUCUCAGACCAGCAGUCUGCCGUUGGUGCAAUGCAUGCUGUAAAUGGCAUGGUGUUUGAUCUUGAGAAGCAGUCAGUGCUGUAUGUUGAUUUGGCUAAAUCUAAUUCAAGAUCAAAACGGACGAGGACAGAGGAGGAAAGAUAUGGAUCAGAUAAGAAAGCUAAAGUCUCUAUCAUUCCAAGGAGUACUCCUGAUCCUGCAGGUCUUGGCAGCACUCACAUGUCUGGAAUGGGUAAUUCUGCUUACAACACGAUUGGUUAUCCAUCUGCACAAAGCCAUGGAAGCUUUGAUAACAAAACUGUAAACGAUACAGUGGCUGCAAAUGUGAUUCCUCAAAAUCCCCCAUGUCCAACACUUUUUGUGGCAAAUCUAGGGCCAGGUUGCACCGAACAAGAGCUUAUUCAAAUUUUUUUGAGAUGCCCGGGAUUCUUAAAACUAAAAAUGCAGAGCACGUAUGGAGCCCCAGUUGCUUUUGUUGAUUUUCAGGAUACGGCCUGUUCAACUGGAGCUCUGAACCAUCUGCAAGGCUCAAUUCUAUACUCAUCACCUCCUGGGGAGGGCAUGCGGUUGGAAUACGCAAAAUCAAGAAUGGGUAUGCGGAAGAAACCGAAAUGAAUAAAAACAAUUCUUGCAUUCAGUAAGGACUGGAGCCAACUAAGGAAGAAAAUAGAGACCCCUCCCUCAGGCCAUGUGCCUACAAUGGUUUAUGAAGGUCAGAAGUAGUGCAUUACUUGUACCCUUAUGUAGAUGAGGAAAUUAACAACAUAUACCAUUCCCAUAUUUUUUUUUCAUUGUAUCAAAUGCUGCCUUCUCAGUCUUAAACUUCAAUUUUUUUUUUAAUAUCUUCAGAGCCCCAUUAGUUCUACAUUUA